AAUACACCAUCAGUUGUUGAUGCAUAUAUGAAGUGAUCAAAAAGAGUUCAAUAAAUACUCGGAAAAACGAAAUAUAUUGAACCUAGACAAAUAUAGAAAAAGGUGUUUAUUUCAAAAUGGCAUACACAAAGUGGUUCAACUGCGUGAUAUGCCUGAUUGCUACUAUUGUGACGUUAGGUGACACAACGAUAGCUCCUACAAUAAAACUGAACAAUGGUCUUGACAUUCCUGUAAUAGGACUAGGAACAUGGAAGUCUAGAGGAGGAGACGUGGUUCAAGCAGUUAAAGAUGCCAUCGACGCUGGGUACAGACACAUUGAUACCGCCUGGAUCUACCAAAACGAAAAGGAAGUCGGAGAGGGAAUUAAAGCUAAAAUAGACGAAGGCGUUGUAAAAAGGGAAGACCUAUUUAUCGUUACCAAAUUAUAUAAUACUUUCCACAAGCCCGAAGAUGUGGAACCCGCUAUAAAUCAGUCUCUAAGUGCUCUCGGCUUAGAUUAUCUUGAUUUGUACUUAAUGCACACUCCUAUGGAUUUUCAAAAAAUUGUAAACACUAAUCUUCCUGUCGAUAAAACUGGACAAGCGAUACCAGCAGGAGUUGACUUUGUGGACACGUGGAACGCAAUGGAAAAAGUUUACCGAAAGGGUUUGACAAAAUCAAUCGGUGUAUCGAACUUUAAUAAACGACAAAUUGAGAAGAUUCUUGAAAAAGGUUCUGUCGUCCCAGUAACAAAUCAAGUUGAAUGUCAUCCAUAUUUAAAUCAGAAAAAGCUCGCUGAAUUUUGCAAAUCAAAAGGGAUAACUCUUACUGCGUAUAGUCCUCUAGGGUCCGCUGACAGACCUUGGGCAAAACCGGACGAUCCUAAGCUCUUGGACGACCCGAAUCUGAAGAAGAUCGCAGAUAAAUACAAAAAAAGUGCUGCUCAAAUUGUACUUCGUUAUUUAGUUCAAAGUGGUUACAUUGCUAUUCCAAAGUCUGUGAACAAAGGGAGAAUUCAAGAAAAUAUUAAUAUUUUCGAUUUCGAAUUAACUCCGGAAGAUAUGAAAUACGUAGACUCCUUUGAUCGAAAUGGAAGAAUAUUUAAAUUUGACUGGGGUUCCAAGCACCAAUAUUAUCCUUUCAAUGACGAAUACUGAAAACAAACUACAUCUUUCAGUGUAAUAAUAUAUAUCUAAAGAAAGUGAUUGCAUGUUAAAAUGAUUGUAAUCCCAUUAACAAAUAAAGUGAAUAAACAGAA